AUGGAGAAACUAAAUAAAUUAAGAAAUGAUUAUGAUCAUGAAGAAAUUAAGUUAAUUAUGAAAGUAUGUUUAUAAUACAAUUUAUUAGGAUAUUCUAGAAGGUGUUCAUUAUAUCCAUUCUAAGAAUAUUAUUCAUAGAGAUUUAAAAAUUGAUAAUAUAUUGAUUGAUGAUGAAAAUUAAAUUAAAAUCAUUGAUUUUGGAUUAGCUUGCCAAUUUAAUAAUAUUGAAUCCAGAAAUAUUAGUUGUGGUACUCCUGGUUAUAUAGCACCUGAAGUUCUGACAAAUAAACCUUUUGAUUAUAAAUCUGAUAUUUUUAGUGUAGGAGUUGUCAUGUAUUACCUUUACUUUAAUAAACAUUUAUUCUAAGCAGAUCAAAUAAUUGACAUCUUAAAACUCAAUAAGAAAUUCACUAUAUCUCGAUUAUCAGUUUUAAAUAUACCAGAUUGUGGUUAUUAAUUAUUAAGAAGUUUAUUGAAUCAUAAUCCAAUGUAAAGAAUAACAGCCUCAUAGGCUCUUACUCAUUGGUAUAUGAAUUCAAUCAAGGAAGAUCAUUUUAUAAAAGUACCAAGAAAUCCUUAACCUAAAUUCAAAGAUCACAUUUUAUCAUGCACAAUAAUAUACUCAAAAACUACUAUAACUUCAUAAAAUAAAAUAUAUUGA